AUGUCAACAAUAACCCUAAUCAUCUCUCCCUACCACACCGGCCUCCACGCCCACCGCGUAGGCAAAGGCCCGCACCACAUCCUCUCCCACAACCUCCUCGCCCAGCUCACCUCUCUCGGCCUAAACAUCGAAACCUACGAGAUCCCUCGCGUUGACGACUUCGAGGGCGAAAUCGGACGCAGUUUCGAGGUUAUGCGCCGCACCUCGUUGGCUGUCAGUGAGGCCGUGGAGAAGGGGAACUGGCCGCUGGUGCUUUCGGGGAACUGUAUGGCUAGUGUCGCUGUUGCUUGUGGAUUAGAGCAUGCGCAGGCGCAGGGCCAGAAGAAGGAAGGACAGGGAAAGUUAGGAUUUAUUUACUUUGAUUCGCAUGAUGAUCUUGAUUCCCCGGAUGUCAAUGAGAACGGGUACUUUGAUGCGAUGGGGCUUUCCAUGCUGCGCGGCGAAAGCUGGAAGUUGCUUAUGAAUACUGUCCCUGGUUAUGAUCCGGAAAGUCCAUUCGAUUACCGCUCGAACAAGAACCGGUUUCUGUACGUCGGUUUGCGCGAUCAAUCGGAGUUACAGCGGGAACGGGUUGUUGAGGCGGGCAUGUAUUCGAUUUGGGGCGGGAAUCUGAACCCGCGGACGGACUUCGGGGCUGAGUUGGAGAAGAUCCUUGAGAAGGAUCCGUUUGGGGAUGUGGUUGUGCAUCUUGAUUUGGAUGUUCUUGAUGCUGGUGUUUACGGCAAAGUGAAUGAUUAUCCAUCCGAGGGUGGACUUUUGGAGGUGGAUUUGGUUCGCUCUUUGGAGGUGGUGGGGAAGAUGGUUAGCUUGCCGAAGGCGUUGGUGGUUUGUCAGUUUGAUCCGGACUCUGGGGAUGGGGAUUUGAUUGCUGGGAUUGCGAUUAAGGGUAUUAUGACGCUUUUGAAGACGUUGUUGGAGAGGGGCGUUUUGAAGUCCAAGACUUCUGCUUGA